CACUACACAAAGACAACUUUACAUUUCGCCUCAAACACGACUACAUACUACAUGUAGGUUUCCGUAGUUUCAAGUCCUCCGAGCUCGACAGUGGCACUGCAGCAGCCACCGUGGCCACGGCGGCAGAAGGAUGUCCUGGGGUAUUUGAUUUGCCAAUGUCCCAAGCAUGUCGGGAUGUCGCGGACUGCAAGGGCGCGACGUCCAGACUAGCUUAGGACGAACCAGACUGGUUCUACGCAACCCGAAGUCCGAGGCCCUCGAACUCCGAGUCGGACGCUGACCACGCUGAGCUCUGAGCUCACCGCGGCUCAGCGACGCCCGCAACCGGGAUAUACCAAGCGGCGGACGUCCAUACACAUUCGCAUCGAGGAUGUGUUGCAUCCGGGACACAAACGGACAUAGCUGCAAGCUUAGCGGUGACCCGCAUCGGCAUUGCAGGCAUGCCAGUGUGCCGUCGACACAUGUGGCACGGACUGGGUUGCCUCCAACCCUGCAACGCAGGCGGGAGUCCAUUGGGGAGAUGACAUCCCUCGCGGCUAGCUUUAUAUGUAUCGAUCCCAUGCUUUCAAGCUCCGCAUCUACCCUGGAAUGGCAGUGCGUCAAGAUAGGCCGUGCCUGCUUCCUGUGCUGCGGUAAUGUGCUCGUCCAGAUGCUUUAGAAGUUGGAGUUGGUAUGUACGUUCGUAUUCUUUCGUCGCUGCACUCGUGCCCGCGCGUGACAAUUCUUGUUAGCGAGCUCACCAUCCAGACAGUCACACUUUGCAUCACACGAUAAAAACAACAUGGUAUUCAUUCAGUCCACGAGUAUAUGUCUAUCGCCACCGGCCUUGUCGGGCUUGAGGGUGGCGUUGCUGCGUUGCAAAGCAAACGCCGCGUCCUGGGGUAAUUGAUUUUCGAGUGCCCGAAGCCAGUCGGGACGUCACACUCUGUUUCCAGCGUACGACGUCCAAACCAGAUCCGAGCGAACCACAAUUCAAAAUUGUGGUAUACUAUGUCGGUGUCGGCACAAUACGCCGGCCCGACGACCACGAUGAGCACUUCGCUCAACGCGAUGACUAGCGUCCGGGACUGGGGACCUGCCGGUGGUUCGCAGUGCCGGUACGCGACGGAUGCAGUGGGCGGUGGGCCCUCUCGCUUGCCCUUGUUCGAGCGGGGCUGCCUCGGCUGCCAAAGAAGCUGAAGGCGAAAAAGAAAAUGCAUGGGUCAGCGAUCCUGACAGCUGCACGAAACGGCAGGGAAAGCUCGGCACGAAGUUGCGAUGGCACACAUUGCGCACGAUAGAACAACAACGACCAGGGGGACGUGAAGGGGAGAUGGAGCUCAAUGAACACUCACAACUGCGAGCAACACGGUACGCCGUCCAUACGACAAAGCAGCCGUCGGACACCUGCGAAUUCAGAGGGGAUGUGAGCAGACCAAUGACGCGACAUGGAGGAUACCGCCCGCAUAGUUAUUCAGAAAGGCGAUCGAAAGCUAGGCGGUAUCCACGUAGCUGUCAACAGCACGUACCUGGCUGAGCCGCGUGCAAGCGGACUGGGUUGCCUCCCCCAUCUGUCACAGGCGUA